AUGAAGAAGUAUGAAAAUGAUGCUAAAACAGUGAAUGCUCUUAUAGGCUCCCUAGUGAGCAAUGAGCUUGCAAAAGUAGUUGGUUGUACAAAAUCAAAGGACAUCUGGGAUAAGUUAAAGAGUAUUCAUGAGGGAGAUGAUAAAAUCAAAGAGGCAAAGGUUUCUGCCAUUGAAAAAUCUAAAGACUUGAAUACAAUGAAAUUGGAUGAACUACACGGAACUCUAAUUGCUUAUGAGAUGAGGAUGGUUAAGCCCAAGCCUACAAAAAAGGAAGCUGCCUUCAAAACCUUGAAUAAAUUGAAGAUUAAUGAAGAUAGUGAACAAAAAGAUUCUGAUGAUGAGUUAAUAACUUACUUGGCUAGGAAACUCAAAAAAGGUGGAGAUAAAUACAAAAGAAAACUUCCCUUAAAGUGUUUCAACUAUGAUGGUAUAGGACACUUUGCUUCUAAAUGUCCAAUGAAUGACAAAUUGAGUGACUUUGAGGAUGAAGAUGCUCAAGAAAGCAAGUUCAAGAAAGGAAAGAAGAAGUUCAUUCUUAGAAAAAGAAACUUAAAAAAGAAAAGCCUAAUAUCAAAGAAGUGCAAGUCUUCUUCAGAAGAGUCAACAGAGGAGAAAGAUGAGUCAGAUAAUGAGUUCUUUGAGACACUAUUUAUGGCACUUAAAGAUAGAGUGCAACACCAGACUACUGAAGAGUCUGAGGAAGAGGAAGAACAAGAAGCUCAGUAUAACUUAAUGAAAAAUUUACAUUCUGCUUUAACUAAUCUCAAGGUUGGAUCUUCAAGUAAUGUGAAGACUAAAGAAAAGAGGGACUUGGAUAAAAAUUGUUUCACAACAUUCAAUCACCGAGGAACCAAGGACCAUGAAAGAUAUGCCAGACAGAUGCAGAGCUCCUUCAAUGGUUACUACUGUGGGUGUAAUAACUUUGGUCACAGAUUGGUUGAAUGCAGAAGACAGCUCAAAGUGAACUUCACAAGCGGGAACAGAUAUGCUCCACUAACAGAGGAGAGUGUAGAGUGCUACAGGUGUUACAAGAUGGGUCACACUGCUAAAAACUACAAGACAAUACUUCCCUCACAAAGGCAAUCUAUAAUAAACCUGAAGAAUAAUCCUUCAAGAGAGCAAAAUCAAAGGCAAAAGGUGCAUAUUGAAGAUAAAGCAAGGAAGCCUAUUACAGCAGCAAAUAAAGCAAUCAGGGUGAAGAAAAGGUACAACAAUAAGUCUCUUUUUAUACAGACAGCAUUCAAAGCACAUAGUAAACUGUCACCAUGGAUACUUAAUAGUGGAUGCUCCACUCACAUGACAGGUGAUAAAGAUAGAUUUUUGAAUCUACAUCAAGUAAAAGGUGGAUCAAUGAAAUUUGAAAAUAAUGGCAGAGCCAAGAUUGAAGGUAGAGGUACAAUCAACUUGGAUAAUAGUAAAAUCAAGUCAAAAAAGGUCUUGUAUGUAAGUGGGAUGAAACACAAUAUUCUGAAUGUGAGUCAGAUAUGUGACAAGGGUCAUGACGUUCUAUUUACCAAAGAUAGUUGUAUGAUCAAGAAGUCUAAAAAUGGAAAAACAGUGGCACAGGGGUCAAGAACAGUUGAAAGCUUGUACGUUUUCUCUGAAGCUAGUGAUGAAAAGUACAUAGUAAAUCAAAAGAAAACAUUGGACAACUCCACAGACAUAGUAGAUAGCAUGCGUGCAGGGGGAGUAGAUGAGUAA